AUGCGUUUCUCAACUCUCAUCGUCGCUGUCGUCCCCAUGGUGCUGGCCCAAGAGACCACCACCACCGAGCCCAGCAUGAGCAUGCCCACGGGCUCUGCCAUGUCUUCCAUGUCUUCUGACAUGAGCUCAGCCGCCAGCGUCACCUCCUCCAUCGGCUCCGAGAUCUCGUCCGCCCUGUCCUCCGCCUCGGGCCGCGUCUCGUCCGCCCUGUCGUCCAUCACCUCCGAGGGCAACAGCCGCGCCUCGUCCAUCCAGUCCGAGCUGUCCACCGCCACCGGCUCCGCCGCCAGCUCCCUUUCCUCGGAGCUCGCCAGCCUGAGCAGCUCCGCCAAGUCCGCGGCCUCCACCGCCUCCGAGUCCGCCAGCAGUGCCGCCUCGAGCGCCAGCGCUUCUGCCUCUGGCAACUACGGCCCCGUGCAGACCGCUGCCAUUGGCAUGGGUGCCCUGUUCGGUGGUGCUGCUGUCCUUGCCAACCUCUAG